AUGGAGUCAUCUGGCGCAGACAAAGGUUUCUUCCAGCGACCUCCCUCUUUGCUGAAUCAAUUCUACGAGGAUGCCACUUAUCAACGGUGUUUCAAAUUAUUUCUGCCAGCCGAAUUGAGGGAGCAAGUUAAACCAGAAGUGGCAAAACUUGGUCAAGAGGUGUUGGCCGACAGAAUAUUCGCCUGGAUCACAGAUGUAGAGCGAAACAAGCCAUAUCUCAAAGGCUCUGGCCGGAAUGCAUUUGGACAAUGGCAGGGAAAGCUCAUCAUGACGGAAGGAUGCGCCAGCUGCAGGAAUUUGGCUUUGCGAAAGGGUAAUUUUGUCGCCGAUGCCUAUGACACUCCGUAUGGGCCUUUUGCGCGAAAUAGACAAUUUCUCCGCUUGUUUCUUUGGGAAGGAUCAUCUGCAAACGUUACAUGUCCCACCGCGAUGCAAGAUGGCGCAGCUAGGAUGCUACAGGUGCAUCUGACCACUCCCAGUCUGGCAUCCAAACUAUCAGAGACAGAAAAGAGAGUGUUUGAGAAUGCGUUCCGCCAUCUGACGACUCGAGAUCCCAAAUUUUCAUGGACCAGCGGGCAAUGGAUGACUGAAAGACCUGGUGGAAGCGACGUAUCAUUGACUGAGACGAUAGCUGUCUAUCAGCCAAACGAGACCGAGGCGAUGGCAUUCAAAGAAGAGGGUAUUCCCCUAGGCCCAUGGAGUAUCAACGGAUUCAAGUGGUUUUCGGCCGCCACUGAUUCCGAUAUGACGAUUCUGCUGGCAAGAACUCCAGCUGGCAAACUCUCAACUUUUCUUGCGCCACUGAGAAAGCACGAUCCUGCAGCUCUAAGUGAAUCUGGAAAUCCCGACCCAAACGGCCAGUGCUUAAAUGGCGUGCGAAUUCAGCGCCUUAAGAAUAAGCUCGGGACCCAAUCUCUUCCCACAGGAGAGCUCGUCUUGGAAGACAUGCGUGGGUGGAUUAUUGGGGAGGAAAACCGCGGCAUUCAGGAAAUUUCCGUCCUGCUGCACUUGACGCGGAUACACUCCACCAGCCAAGCGGUCGGAUACUUGGGCCGUGGCCUAGCAGUCGCGCGAGCCUUUGCAAGAGUCAGGGAAGUCGGGACCGGUAGAGGCGCUAGAAUGAGACUGACGGACAGCUCACUGCAUAUGAAGACGUUGGCACGUAUGACUGCCGAGUACAGACGGAUAAUGCUUCUGCACAUGUUUACCGUCUAUGUCCAUGGGCUGUCUGAACAUCCGACGGAAAUGGGCGCGGAGACGCUCAAGGCACUGACGCCUCCACCAAAGGAUCUCUUGCCGCUUCUGAGGGUCCUCUCCACACUAACAAAAGCAUACGUCUGUAACUCAGCCCUGAGAUUGCUGUAUUCCUGUAUGGAAUCGAUCGGUGGCGUGGGCUAUCUGUUGAAUGAGGAACAAGAGUAUCUCAAUAUUGCCCGUCUCUAUAGAGACGCUGCUGUGCUACCCAUCUGGGAGGGUACAACCGAUUUGCUGAGCACUGACUUUAUUAGGGCACUCAAGCGUCCUGAAACCGGAGUGCAGUCAAUGGAUGCUUUGGACCGCUUUAUCAAACAGGCAUUUUCUUUGAAUGGCAAUGCUUCUCAUCACCAAGAAGUGGUGAAGAGAUGGGAGGGUGAGAGAAACCUCAUCACCAAGGAAUCUCAAAGUGAUCUUGUCGGCAAGGGCAGAGACAUUAUGUGGUCUGUAACGGAAGUUUUGAUGGCAGCUUUGCUGCACGUCGACGCCAACAACGACGGGGAUGUGGCCGAGCGAGAAAUUCUGCAACGGUAUUUGGAGGACAGAUUCUCGGCAAAGGAGAGAGUCGGCGUAUCCACAAAGGAAGAACUGGAAAAGGACUUUACCAUUGUGUAUGGCGAAGAGAGAUCAAAGACGAGCUCCAAUCUGUAA